GAGGGGAGAUCUCAGACUCGUCAGAUUCAUGUUGCACCACCUCACACGUGUAUCUGUUUAUUACCCUUACUCUCUGUGCGAGCGGAUAUCUAAACACAUCUAUCCCUGAGAGAUAGAGAGAGACAAGACGCUGAGAGCCAAGAGAAACCUAAACAACAUCACAGACCUGCUCUGUGAGAGGAUGGCUGGGAUCAAGGAGCUACGAUUCACCGAGGAGAAGCCCCUGCUGCGAGGCCAGGACACUGAGAUGGAAAACUGUGAUGCUUUCCUCCCAGUUGUUGACACAGACUGGAAGGAACACGAUAUUGAGACCCCCUAUGGGCUGCUCCACGUUGUGAUCAGAGGGGCUCCGAAAGGAAACCGCCCAGCUAUCUUGACCUACCACGAUGUGGGCCUCAAUCAUAAGCUGUGCUUCAACACGUUCUUCAACUUCGAGGACAUGCAGGAGAUCACCAAGCACUUCGUGGUGUGCCAUGUGGACGCACCCGGGCAGCAGGCUGGAGCUUCACAGUUCCCACAGGGAUAUCAGUAUCCAACCAUGGACCAGCUGGCUGGUAUGUUGCCCAGUGUAAUCCAGCACUUUGGGUUUAAGAGCAUCGUUGGAAUCGGGGUUGGAGCUGGGGCCUAUGUCUUGGCUAACUUUGCUCUCAUUUUCCCUGAACUGGUGGAGGGUCUGGUCCUCUUGAACAUUGACCCCAAUGGCAAGGGCUGGAUCGACUGGGCAGCUACCAAGCUGUCUGGAUUGACCAGUGCUUUGCCUGAAACUGUCCUGACCCACCUCUUUAGCCAGGAGGAGCUGAUGAACAACACAGAGCUAGUGCAGAGCUACAGGCAACAGAUUGCGACCAGUGUUAACCAGUUCAACCUGCAGCUCUUCUGGAACAUGUACAAUGGUCGCAGAGACCUAGAAAUGAGUAGGCCCGGGACAGUUCUUAAUGCCAAAACCUUGAGGUGCCCAGCAAUGCUUGUUGUUGGAGACAAUGCCCCUGCUGAAGAAGGAGUGGUUGAAUGCAACUCCAAGCUGGACCCAACAAACACAACCUUCCUCAAGAUGGCUGAUUCUGGUGGACUCCCCCAGGUGACACAGCCUGGAAAACUCACUGAAGCCUUCAAAUAUUACCUUCAGGGAAUGGGAUACAUUGCGUAUCUGAAGGAUCGAAGGUUGAGUGGAGGAGCAGUGCCAUCGGCCAGCAUGACCCGCCUGGCACGCUCUCGAACUGCCUCUCUGGCCAGCGCCAGCUCCGUGGAUGGCAGCCGCCCGCGCACCUGCACUCACUCGGACAGCAGUGACGGCAUGGGCCAGAUCAACCACACCAUGGAAGUGUCCUGCUGAAGCAGAGGGGGAGAGAGACAGAGAGAGGCAAGGAAGAAAGACGUUGACCUACAAUCGGCACACCUGUGGAGUCGCUUUUAUCUGAAUGCCCCCCACUCCCUACUACCCACUACCCCCUAGUCCUCCCAACACUGUUGCACUUUCCUAUGGCUAAUGUUGUUCCAUGAAUUUUAAAAACAAAUAACAGUAGCCAUUGUUCUAGCUGGUUUCGUGUGGCGAUUUGUGUGCAUUUCAUAGUACCCUUCUCCCUUUCUGAACCUUUCAUUCCCGUGUUUCAUUAUACAUACCUUUUAAAUACAUACAUCUAAAGUAGAGAAUAAAGGGGGACUCUAAGGCGUGGAAUAAGAACUCAACUCUUAAACAUUAAAAAGGUUAAAAGGAGACAGUAGCUUAGAAUCACAAAUUAAUGAAAUACCAAUCAGAGUAGUGCAAGCUUCCUAGCAACAUUAAAAGUCAUUGUUCUUUAAAGGGAUCUGCUUAAACACACCUUUUAAUUAGUUUAUGAACACCUCAUAAGAAUUGGUACCAAAAAGUGCAACCUUCAGUAAAUUGACAACUUUGAUAACCAUAAUCCGGCCUCAAAAAAAUGACUUCCUAACAAACUGCAGACCCCUUAUAUUGAACAAUGCUAGUUCUGAUGUGUCUGUGAAAACAGUCCUUGCAUCUUCUCCCAAAGCUCCUGGUGCGACCUAUCUGUUUGGGUGCCGCUAAACCAAUGUAGGGGUCGAGUAAUGAAGCUGGUAGUGCAUACCCCAUUACAAUCAAAAGAAAUUAAUUGAUUUCAGUAGACAUUUCAUACCGUAAGAUCAAAAGAAGAACUGGAGUAAUUUGCAGAUUUCCAAUAAUUACAUUUUUCUGCAAACAGUCCUUUAAUUGCCAGUUAUCAAUUGUACUCAAUUAUAAAUGCAGACCAAAAACACACUUCUAAAAGGAGAAUGUAGACUCUACCCAGAUUGGUUUCUACAAUUACAUCUUCGACUAGAAUGUAUUUCAGUUCAAGAGACACAUGCUUUUGCGCACUCAGAACUGUAAAACAGAUCAGGGACUGUAGGGUUUCCUUUCUGUUUUAAGGCAUAGAUGGAUUUGAGGGGAUUUUCAUUUCACAGUAAGAUGAGACUUCAAAGUGAAAUAAUUUCCAAUUUCCAACUCCUCAUCCUUACAGAUAUUCAACACCCCUGGAUCUGCUUCCUGCUACAGACUUGUGUUUCUCUCUGAAUUACACAGACUGAACUGGAAUGUUAGACUCUCACACUUUGGACAGUAUGUGUUAUACACUAGAGUUGAAUUCACUAUGAGUUAUAUGUAGUGACAUAUGCUAAGAUACAUAACAAACAAACAAGCAGGGGUUCAAAUCUAAAUAACUGGGCAUUUCUCAUAUGCGGUUGUCAAAUUUCCACAUUAAUAUCAAUAUAAUAUAAAGAUGAGAUAGAAUAUCAUGUUAAACAUAGACCUACAUUAGUAAUAGUCCGCACUGAAAUUGCCAUUGAUUAUGCCAGUUUGAUACUUAUGUUUCCUUUUAGAAGUGUGUUUAUUAAUCCGUUUGUUGAUUUCAGUCUACCUGUCAGCCAGUCAAAAUCCAGGUGUGUCAGUUCCCCAGUGAUCAGCUUUAAGUGUUUUCUUGAAUGACAAUCACAUUUACAACAUACCAAAACAGACCUUGAAGCUGUGGUAACACAGAACAUCAGCUUGACCAGUUUUAAACUCCACUAGUUCUGGUGAUCUGUAAUGGGAGGAUUCAUUAAUUACUACUGUCUAUAAGGGGUGGGGCUGCUGGAGCCUUCAGCACUUAUUCUGGAAUGUUGGGCAUGCCCCAGAACGUUUGUGCCCCACUCCUUAUUGAUAUUAUAAAUGAGCUAUUUUUGUUACUCUAGGGCUGCAGUGCAGGUAGAACCCCCAACUGAAACACAAAUUAUAGGUAUAACUAUGGGACCCUACUCCAAGGGCAUCUAUUUACCCUAUAUAGCGGGAGGACAUGGGAGGAAGAGGGAACUCAGGACUCUCAUGGGUGACUUAUUAUUUUAUUUCUUCUAACUAAAAAGAACAUUUUAUUUCUGCAGAUUCUUCUGCAUGUAAUUAACAGCCCCCUCCCGCCUUCCCUUUUUAAAGCCAUUUUGCCAGUGAAGCUAUGAACCAUGCCUUGUUGAAACAACACAAUACUUGAGGUUCCAAUACCUAUCUACAGUACAUACCUACUUACCUCCCUGCCAGCCCACACACCUAAGCUGUACAUUUAGACAGCAUUUAUAUUGUUCAAGCUACCCCUGUCUGGGAAUGCUUUUUUGUUCCUGCAGAACAUGCUCUUUAUUUUCUGUGUCAUCUGUGUUCUCUUGACUUUCAUCGUGCCAACACCAGCCUAGUAUUAUAAUGCAAUAGGAAAACCUUUUAAAAUGGUCAUUUCUUUUGCACAAAGGAUUAUGGCAUACAAUCAGUCAGAGAUGUCAUGAUAUUAGAUAAAAAUCAAAGCUAUUGUGUCUGUCAUUCACCUUGCAAUGACAUACUGUAUGCUUAAUUUAAUCUUCAAGAUACAGGGCUUGAAAUGCUAAUUUUCACACAAUUUUAAAUGUAAUAAGAGGUUAAGAAAUGAAUACUGUGACCUAGCGGUUAGAACUGAGGGACUCAGAAGCAGUGUGGACGAGUGAUCAGAGCUGACCCAACCUCCUUACUCCUUACCAUCCCAUACAUCAAGAUAUUCCAGUUCUGAUUGGGCCAAACUGAGUCCUGCUGCAUGAGCCUUUCACACAGCAUUCUCAAACCAGUAAAGUACAACACAGUCUAACACCAUCAGUGUGUUCAGGUGCAGUAAAAACCCUUCAGUGUGCUUCCCCCACAUAUUUGGUGUAUAUCCUACUAAGCUUUAGUGCUGUAGAUAAUUUGCGUUUUUAGAGUGACUGAAAUAUGUAUUCAAUACCUGUCUAGUAUUGUGAUGAAUACUGUGUUUUUUCCCCCUUUUUUAUGAUAAAAGUGUUCUCCUGUGGUGUAGUUGUUCCGGUGAGUAAUUAUUUUUGUAUUCAGCAAUAAGUUGUUUUGUUCUCUUGCUAUCUUGUGGGUGCUGCUUGGAGAUGAAUCUUACCCACAGCAUUUAGGUACCACAGUAAAUCGCUUAUGAUUCUGAAGUAUUGUAUAAAAUGUAUCAAUGUUGAUGUAACAAAAUAUAAUGUGUGGUUCAACAAUAAAGAGGUUUAUCUCA